GCCAACCCCCACUCCCACCACACCACGGCAGCCAUGAGAAAUUUCGCCGCCCCAGCAAGCAGCUCAGCGUCGUCGCCCCGUGUCAACCAUGACAUGAUCCGCCUCCCGCUCGUGCUUCCCCAUAUAUACAUGCGAGAGCGCACGCGCUCACACCUCCCCUCACCACCAACCCACAGACCACACCUCAAUAAGUUCGGCGAUCAGCUCAGCUCCCAUCCCAGCUGUGACUACAAGCAAGCUAGCUUCUCCGGCCACGCGCCCAGUCGAGCAGCUGGCUAAGGAUCUCGCCGGCGGCUUUAGUCGUUAUUAGGGUCUUCUUCGUAAACUUACCCGCCGAGGCUGGCCGUGGCCGGCCGGGGUAAAGUGUAAGGCGGCGCCAUAUAUACGCCGGAGACUGUCAUAUGGCCGACGGGCUGCCUCCGGGGUACCGUUUCUACCCCACGGAGGAGGAGCUGAUAUGCUUCUACCUGCGCAACAAGCUCGACGGCAGCCGCGGCGACAUAGAGCGCGUCAUCCCCGUCGUCGACGUCUACUCCGUCGACCCCUUGCAGCUCUCAGAGAUCCACGAGAGGCUGCGCGGCGGCGGUGGCGGUGAGGGGGAGCCGUGGUUCUACUUCUGCGCGCGGCAGGAGCGGGAGGCGCGGGGCGGGCGGCCCAGCCGGACCACGCCGUCGGGGUACUGGAAGGCGGCGGGCACGCCCGGGGUCGUCUACUCCGCCGACCGCCGGCCCAUCGGGCUGAGGAAGACCAUGGUGUUCUACCGAGGCCGCGCGCCGUCCGGGACCAAGACCAAGUGGAAAAUGAACGAGUACAGGGCCUUCCAGCACGAGCACAACGACGACGCCGCCGGCGCACCCACGGCAACCGGGGGUCCCCACGCCGCUGCGCCACCGAACCUCCCUCCGCAGCUGAGAAGCGAGUUCAGCUUGUGUCGACUCUACACCAAAUCGGGGACACUGAGGCAGUUCGAUCGACGGCCGGUUGCAGCGGCUGCACGCGGUGACAUUCCGGGGCCAUCCACGGCAGCCACCGCGUCGCCCGACGACGGUGACGGCUCCGGUGGAUCCAUGCAGCCGCUUGAGGAGGAUCUGAUGGAAGGAGCUGGCGUGGGAGGAGAUGUUCCCGUCAACUAUGAAGGCAUCUGUGGCGACUUCGUCAAUCUCAAAAUAAAAUGUCAGCUCGGUCUCUCGGAGGUGCUCAUAGUGCUGCCGUCGGAGUGGCUGCCAGUGCUGGACAUGCUCGUCGGUGCUAGGGAUUUGGCCGAUCGGGGAAAUGGGAGCAUCGGGGAGGGGAGCGGAGCGAAGUGGAGUGAGCUAGGGUUUCUGCCGAAUGUGGGGUUUUAUGGGGUCGGGGCGGUGAACCUCGAGGCCCUAGGGGCGAUCAGGUCGACCUAG